AUGCUUGUAAAGGAUUACAGAGGAAGAUGCUGGCUGCUUCAUUUAUUCCUGCUGCAAAUAUAUUGGGAUCUGAUUGUAUGUCAACUCCAUUAUAUCAUCCCUGAAGAAUCUAAACACGGCACAUUUGUUGGAAGAAUUGCUCAGGAUUUGGGUCUGCAGAAGGGUGAAAUCAAUAGCAGACUGCUACGGAUUGUCUCAAGAGAUGAAAAACAAUUUUUCCAGGUAAAUUUGCAGAAUGGGAUAUUGUUUGUUAAGGAUAUUAUAGAUAGGGAAGAUAUAUGUCCAAAAAUACCUGUCUGUGUUAUAUCCUUACAAGUAAUUGUUGAUAAACCUGUGCAAAUGUACCAGGUAGAUGUGGAAAUUGAGGACAUUAAUGAUAACUACCCAAUUUUCUCUGCAAGUGAAUACGUUGUUUCAAUAUCAGAAUCAAUGAUUCCAGGAACUCGAUUUCCACUGGAGGGUGCAUUUGAUGCUGAUAUUGGGACAAAUUCUGUUAUAAACUAUGAGCUCAGUACAAAUGAAUAUUUUAUAUUAGAAUUUACAAAAUACAUACAACAAAUACGAACAUUAGAACUUGUUCUAAAAAAACCACUAGACAGAGAAAAAAUAUUAUUUCACAAUCUGACUCUUAUUGCUUUUGAUGGGGGAAAACCAAAAUUAAGUGGUACUACUCAACUUGCAAUAACAGUGGAAGACAUCAAUGAUAACACCCCAACAUUUGAUCAACCAUUUUACCAAUGCAGUUUGGUGGAAAAUGCUCCUAUAGGAACUUUUGUUUAUAAACUGAAAGCAACAGAUCUGGAUCAGGGUAAAAAUGGGGAAAUAUCAUAUGAUUUUAGCAAACUGGUUACAGAACACAUGAGAAACAUUUUCAGUAUUGAUAAAAACACUGGUGAAAUUACAGUAAUAGGAGAAGUGGACUUUGAAGUCAGCAAUAUGUAUGAAAUUCAAAUUGAUGCGGCUGAUAAUGGUGAACCCUCUUUGGUUGGACAUUGCAAAGUUUUAGUUACUAUUACAGAUGUCAAUGACAACAUUCCUGAGUUGACACUAACAUCACUCUCUGUCCCUGUUGCUGAAGAUGCACCACAAGGUACCACUGUUGCAAUAAUUAGUGUAUAUGACAAAGAUUCAGGAGAAAAUGGAAGAAUUAACUGUUAUAUCUCUGAACCCAGAACAUUCAAAAUAAUCCCAGCAUUUACUGGUGUCUUUUCUUUAGCAGUGGAUGCACCAUUAGACAGAGAAACCAAAUCUGAAUAUGAAGUAGUAAUUACAGCAAAAGAUGAAGGAUCACCAGCUCUCUCUGUUUUCAGAACAAUUAUAAUUGAUAUAAGUGAUGUAAAUGACAAUGUCCCUGAAUUUUUGCAAUCAGUUAACACAAUAUUUCUGAAAGAGAACAACCCUCCUGGGUCUCAUAUCUACACUGUGUCAGCAACAGACCCGGACAUCAACCAGAACUCUUUCAUCACAUACUCUAUUAGUGAAAGUGCAGUAAAUGCUGUCCCCUUAUCUUCAUUUAUCUCCAUUAACCCAGAAAAUGGGAACCUGUUUGCAUUACCUUCAUUUGAUUAUGAACAACUUACCUAUUUUCAGUGUGAGGUUAUAGCCACUGAUGCAGGUUUGCCUCCUCUUAGCAGCUAUCUUACUCUGCAUAUUUUCAUUGUAGAUGUUAAUGAUAAUGCUCCUUAUUUUUCUCCACUUUCUUCACUUAGUGGAUCUACAGAAAUUAUUAAGUUAUUAAAAUCAGCACAAGUAGGUUAUUUGGUGACAAAGAUUACAGCAAUUGAUUUGGAUUCUGGAUACAAUGCUUGGUUAUCUUAUGAAUUUAGGAAUUCUUUAGCAAGUUUACCAUUUACAAUUUCUCGGAAGACUGGGGAAAUAAGGUUAAUACGAUCUCUUAUGGAAUCAGAUGGUGAUGAAUUUAGACUUGUAGUAGUUGUUCAGGAUCAUGGAGAACCUUCAAUGUCUACGGUUAUGCCCAUCAUAAUUUCUUUGGUGGAUUCAGAAGAAGAACUCAAAGUAAAUAGUCAGAAUUCAAAUGAAAAAGAAGAUGAAUUCACCAGUGCAAAUGUUUAUUUGGUUAUAGCCAUUUGCUCAAUCUCAAGUAUAUUCCUUAUUACUUUAAUUGCAUUUACUGUUAUACGAUGGCAGAAAUAUAGGGAUGAGGUAAAUGAACUGAGGGAGAGUUACAAGGUCUGCUCAAAUACAGUUGGCAGUUGGAUAUACUCCCAACAAAGCCAAUAUAAAUUAUACUUAAAUUCUCUUCAAAGGAACGAUUUAAUUGUGUUUACUCCUAAUUGCCCUCAGUUCUCAGAGAAUGAAAGAAACUCAAAUGAGCCAGGAGCAGAAACCAACUCUUCUUCCCAGGUGAGAUAA